UGGAGCCCGAAAUGUCGGGCGUCUGCGUCUGAAUCCGAAAAAAUAUUGACACGUUCGGGAAGAAAUCUUUUGGGAGCCUGACACCCUCCGAAAGCACCUACGAAUUUUGCUUGAGAACGUAUUAUCCUCUCAUUCAUAGCAGAAAUGUGUUAUGAUUGUAUGGAAAUACGUAAUAAUGCAGGUUAAACAUAUUAUUACACGAAUACAAUAUUUUUUGUCAGUACUUAAACUUUUUAAAAGAACUUGGUGUUUGGACGUGACGUAUGCCUAGGGGCCUGUUGUCGUGGCGCAAGCUUCUAGCCUGUCUUCACUUCUUACCAACAUCUCUACACCUCCCUGGAGCUUCAACCAUGGCUGGCAUUCUUGCUCUUGUGCACCUUCAACAUGCUGAUCGAGCUGAUAAAGCAAGGUUACCAAGGAGACUGGUCAAGGAUCACCAAAACCCUUUUGCUGCUUACUCUGAGGAUGAGUUCAUUCGGAGGUACCGGCUGUCAAAGGAGUGCAUUCACACCCUUCUUGGCCAAGUGGAACCAGAUUUGCCAAAAGCCAAGGAUGGACGAGGUUGCAGUAUUCCAGCAUACCUCCAGCUCCUCACAGCAAUGAUGUAUUUUGCCACAGGAAGCUCCCAGAUAUGUAUGGCUGACUGCCUGGGGAUGUCUGCUGCCUCUGUAUGUAAAAUUGUUAGAAGUAUCUCAACCAUUUUAUGUACUCGAGCUCGGACUUAUAUAAAAUUUCCAGAGCCAACUGACAUUCCUGACCUUGCCUCCAAUUUCUUCAAUAUUGCUGGCAUGCCAGGUUGUAUUGGUUGUAUUGAUGGCUCGUACAUCAAUAUAAUAAGCCCUGGAGGUGAUCAUGCGGAACUCUAUAGAUCACGUAAGGGCCGCUUUGCCAUCAAUCUUAUGGGGAUUUGUGAUUAUAACCUAGUAUUUAGAAACAUAAUAUGUAGCUGGCCAGGUAGUGUGCAUGACAGCAGAGUAUUUGAUAAUUCAAGAGUGUGCCAUCUGUUAGAGGAAGGAAAUUAUAGUGGGUAUCUCCUGGGUGACUCUGGGUACCCAUGCAGGAAAUAUUUGCUGACUCCGCUUCUUUCACCAACAACUGAGAAAGAACGGAAGUAUAACAUAGCUCACAUUAAAACCCGAAAUGUUAUUGAGAGAGCUUUUGGUGUGCUGAAACGCAGGUUUGCCAUCCUUAACAAAGAGGUGCGGACAAAAAUUAGCACAACCAAGCAAAUAAUUAUGUUAUGUGUCAUUUUGCACAAUAUUGCUAGAUUACACAAUGUUCCCAUGCCUGAUGAGAUGGAUGAGGAUGAGGUACUUGGAAAUGCAAUCCCAAACAUAAAUGCUGAGCAAGCAGUACCCAUUGAGAAUGUUGCCAGUGGCUUGGUAUUACGGAGCCGCAUAAUUGAGAACUGGUUUUAAAAUGUGCCAAAUUACACGUGCUUUCCUCUAUCCCAAAAUUGUAAUGCAUAUCAUUUCAAUCUUAAACUCUAUUGCAUCUGUCAUUUGAUACAUUGUUAUGUGACUCAAUACAAGAUACAAGUACCAUGUAGGAUGUAACUAUAUAUUUUCCUGUGAAGGACAAGACAUGAAAGAAAUGUUAUAUAUAAUUAUAUAUGAACCUCAAAGUGUAGGUCAUGAAAAUAAAUAGAGGUCAAGAUUC